AUGCCGAGGGUGGUGGUCCGCGGAGAAGGACAAUUGCCGUUUCGAGGUGGGUCCGGGGCCGGGACCGUGCCGUCGAGAGGGCUUAUCGCCUAUCGUAUACUAUACCUGCCUGCCUUGUGGACGCGUGCUGAGACGGGCAGUGCUGGGUGUCUCAUCAAUCGUGGCGAGAAAAGGCCGCUGUUGCGGCAUUGCCCGGCUCAGGGUCCGUGGAGAUGGCAUCGUCGCAUGUGGCCUCACUGGUCGCCAGGCCAUCAUGUACUGCCUCGGAAGGCCCCCUCGUCGCGAUGA